AUGCAUGAACCCCAUAACCUUUCCCCAGAACUAUGGGAGUUGAACAGGACGUGGGUGUUCCAGAGACCAGGUCCCUCCCUGCAAACCCAGACCAUGAUGUUGGACGAGGCCCAUGAGAGGCUGUAUGUAGGGGCUAAAAACACCCUGUACUCCCUCAGCCUGGAGAGAGUUAACCACCAACACAGAGAGAUUGACUGGGCCAGCUCUGAGUCUCAGGUAGAAGAUUGUUUGAUGAAGGGUAAAGAGAAGCCAGAGUGUGCUAACUACAUCAAGGUGUUGCAGCAGUUUAAUGCAACCCACCUGUUGGCCUGUGGAACAGGAGCAUUUAACCCUCUCUGUGUCACCAUCAGGGUGGGACACGCAGGACAGGCCAGACAGUUUGAGCUGGAGGAGCAGAGUGUAGAGAGUGGCCGAGGGAGAUGUCCCUAUGACCACAACAGCCCCGUAACCUCCACCCUGGACAGAGGAGAGCUGUAUAUUGGCCUGUAUACAGACUACUGGGAAAAUGAUGCAGCUCUGUGUCGACUGAACAACCAAAGCUACACACGCACUGAGAGAGACAACAGACAACAGCUCAACGAGCCUAAGUUCAUUGGGUCGGUGGUGAUUCCUGAUAACGAUGACAGGGAUGAUGACAAGGUCUACUUCUUCUUCACGGAGAGAGGGAUGGACGCAGAGGGGGUUAACAAGGCUGUUUACACCCGGGUGGGACGGGUCUGUGCGAAUGACCAAGGAGGUCAGAGGAUGUUGGUGAAUCGUUGGAGCUCCUUCCUAAAGACCCGUCUCAUCUGCUCUGUGGCUGGAUCCAACGGCAUCGACACACACUUCGACAAGCUGGAGGAUGUAUUUGUGUUGAAGAACAAGGAUGAGAAGAAUCCAGAGAUAUUUGGCCUCUUCAGUACUACAAGUGCUGUGUUCCAGGGCUAUGCAGUGUGUGUGUACCACAUGAAUGUUGUGCGAGCAGCGUUCAACGGCCAAUUUGCACACCGGGAGAAACCAGAGCACCACUGGACCCCAUACAAAGGCCGGGUCCCCUACCCACGCCCCGGAUCUUGUGCCAGUAAGAUGAACGGUGGUGGGUUCUCAGGUUCUAAGGAGUUCCCUGAUGAGGUUCUGCGUUUCGUGCGUUCCCACCCCGUCAUGUCCAGCCCGGUCCUGCCCCUCCACAAGAAACCUGUCCUACUGCAGACGGAGCCAGGAGGGAGGAGACUAACCCAGAUUGCUGUGGACCGCGUCCAGGCCCAGGACGGACACUACCACGUCCUGUACAUAGGCAGAGACGACUCUGUUGUGUUGAAGGUUAUCAGCAUCUACAACAAAGACACAGACACCAUAGAGGAAGUGCUACUGGAGGAACUGCAGGUGUUCAAGGUCCCUGUGCCAAUAACUGAGAUCAUCAUAUCUGCAAAACGACAACAGCUCUAUGUGGGUUCUGAGGUGGGUGUGGCUCAGGUGAGGCUCCAUCAAUGUGAACUGUACGGGUCAGAGUGUGCCGACUGUUGCCUAGCCAGGGAUCCUUACUGUGCCUGGGACGGACUCACCUGCUCACGAUACUACCCUGUUGGGGUCUACACCAAGAGACGAUUCAGACGACAGGAUGUUCGCCAUGGCAAUGCUGUACAGCUAUGCAAUGGGCUGCAGAUUGAUGGUCAGUCUGUGUGUGAGAGGCAGGUGUAUGGGGUAGAGAAUAACAGUACUCUACUGGAGUGUACCCCUCGUUCUCUACAGGCCAGAGUUCUGUGGUACAUACAGAGAGGUCCAGACAGAGAGAAGGUCAGAGGUGAUGAGAGUGUAGUCAUAACGACCCACGGGCUGUUGUUCCUGAUUGUGCGGAUUGGGGACGCUGGCAUGUACGUGUGUCAGACGGUAGAACACGGCUAUGUCCACACCCUACUGAGGGUCACGCUACAUGUGCUGGGAGGGGAGAGGGUCAGUGCCCUGAUACACAGGACAGGGGAGGAAGGAGAGGAAGAAGGGGAGACCACAGCAACCUCCUGUCACCUUCCCAUAGAUACCCCUCCAGACCUCCACACUGCUCCAGGCCCUACCUCUCGGCUGUGGUACAAGGAGUUCCUCCAGCUUAUAGGAUAUCGGGAUACACAGCGGCUGGAGGAGUACUGUGAGAGGGUCUGGUGCUCAGAGAAAAGACGCAGGAAGACCAAACUUAGAUACACCCAGCCACUGGGAAGAGGAGAGAGGAGGGCAAGGGGGAGGGGAGAGCCUCACAGAACCCCCAGACACACCAUGGACACCUGAGAGGAGGGAGGGAGACGGCAGAACAACCACACACACAAUGGGCCAGUUUUUUGUUGUUGUAGAGAAUACUACUUCCAAACAAAGCUAAAACAUGACACUUCUUUUUUUUAGACUUUACCGUAAGGUCUUCUUCCUUCUUAUAACCAUAUUACAUGUUAUGUUAUAUUGUGUUUUUACCUUUCCUUGUUUCUGGUGUAAUCUUUGCCACUGGUGCAAAUGCUGAGUGUCCGUCAGAUGGAAGGCACGUAGAACAGUUGAACUGUUUAGAACAACGUGGCCUUAAGACCACAGUACUGACAGCAGGCUUCUCUGAACAGACAUAGUACAGAAGAUUCAUAGCCAUCCCAGCUGAACCCACAGAUAACGAACAUUCAAACAGAUUCCUCAGAAAUAAAAUGUUUCUGGAGAUACACUUGAGCUGCUUGCGUU